UUGAAUUACGCUAGUCUGAGCUGCUGCAACGCUGCUGCAGCCCUGCUGCAGCCCUGCCGAUGGCGUCUUCCGCUUUGUGCAGUUCUCAGAGUCCGGAGGGGCCCCUUGGAGACCCCGCUGGGCAAGAAGAAGAUGAAGAUUGUGAUCCUGAAGAUAGGGCCAGCGACUGGGGUUCAUACUCGUCUGGGAGUAGCGAUUACGAUGACCUUGAGCCUGAAUGGCUGGACAGUGUGCAGAAAAAUGGAGAGCUGUUUUAUCUGGAACUGAGCGAAGGUGAAGAAGAAAGCCUCCUUCCUGAGACACCUGUUGUGAACCGUGUCAGGUUCAGUGAAAAUGAGAUUAUUAUUGAAGAGGAUGAUUACAAAGGAGGAAGAAAGUAUGAACCCAAACUCAAGAGGUUUACCAAAAUUUUAAAAAGUAAAAGACUUUUGCCCAAGCGCUAUAAUAAAAAAAAUAGCAACGACAGUGGGCCAGUCUCCAUUCUAAAGCAUCAGUCCAAUCAGAAAACGGGAGUCAUUGUCCAGCAGAGAUACAAAGACGUGAACGUCUAUGUAAACCCAAAGAAGCUAACUGUCACCAAGGCCAAAGAGCAUCUCAAGCUUCUGGAAGUCCUGGUUGGGAUCAUCCAUCAGACCAAGUGGAGCUGGAGGAGAACCGGAAAGCAGGCCGGCGGAGAGAAGCUGGUGGUCCACGGCCUGCUGCCAGGGGGAUCGGCCAUGAAGAGCGGUCGGGUUUUCAUCGGUGAUGUCCUUGUUGCUGUGAAUGAUGUUGAUGUGACCUCUGAGAACAUAGAGAGGGUUCUGUCCUGCAUUCCUGGGCCUAUGCAGGUGAAACUGACAUUAGAAAAUGCAUAUGCCGUGAAAAAGGAAACGACCCAACCAAAACAGAAAAAGGCACAGUCAAACACCGAAGGUGAUUUAGUCAAACUGCUGUGGGGAGCGGAGGCUGAAGGCGUGCAGCAGGAUCUGCUCGACACCCCUCAUGUCGUUAUGUACCUCACCCUGGAGCUGGACUCCGAGACUUCGAAGGAGGAGCAGGAAAUUCUUUAUCAUUAUCCAGUAUCCGAUGCAUCUCAGAAACUUAAAAGUGUGAGAGGGAUAUUUCUCACACUGUGUGACAUGCUGGAAAAUGUAACUGGGACACAAGUCACUAGCUCAUCCCUUCUUUUAAAUGGGAAACAAAUUCACGUGGCUUAUUGGAAAGAAUCCGACAAGUUGUUGCUAAUCGGCCUGCCUGCUAAAGAAGUUCCCCUGCCUCAGCUAAGGAAUAUUAUAGAAGAUGUUGCCCAAAUAUUAAAAUUUAUGUAUGGUUCUUUAGAUAGUGCCUUUUGCCAGGUUGAGAACGUUCCUCGUUUGGAUCAUUUCUUUGAACUGCUCUUUCAAAGAGCCCUCCAGCCUGCCAGGCUGCACAGCAGGGCCAGUCCCGGUGCCCAGCAGUACGAGGCCGCCGGUGCAGUUCUUCUCGACAAUCUCCCUGGAGUGCGGUGGCUCGUUCUCCCGCAGGAAAUCAAGAUGGAAUUAGACACGGCUCUGAGUGACUUGGAGGCUGCAGAUUUUGCAGAACUGUCUGAGGAUUACUAUGACAUGAGGAGGCUGUACUCCAUUCUAGGGUCAUCUCUGUUCUACAAGGGUUAUUUGAUAUGCAGUCAUUUGCCUAAGGAUGAUCUUAUUGAUAUUGCUAUAUACUGUCGCCACUAUGGCCUCCUGCCUUUAGCAGCAAAACAAAGAAUUGGUCAGUUGGUCAUAUGGAGAGAAGUAUUUCCUCGACAUCACCUCCAACCUUUUACAGACUCAAACACUGAAGUCUUUCAGGAACCUGAAGGGAGAUAUUUUUUGUUAAUUGUUGGCUGGAGGCAGUAUAUGUUGUGUGUACUCUUAGAAGCUGGAGGCUGCACAUCCAGAGCCAUUGGGAACCCUGGACCAGACUGUGUGUACGUGGAUCAGGCCCGAACAGCCCUCCACCAGCUGGGAGGAGCGGAGUGCCGCAUACACGAGCGGCUGGCGGCUUCCGCAAGCCCCUGCUUGUCUUGUGCUGACUGGUUCCUUGCGGGGUCACAUGAGAAAUUAGAUUGUUUGACAACCUCACCCAUCCUCAGUAGGCUACAAGGUACUUCCAAAGUAGCAACCUCUCCAACCUGCAGAAGAACCCUUUUUGGUGACUAUUCUUUAAAGACACGGAAGCCCAGUCCUUCCCGAAGCGGUGCAGGAUCCGACCCUGGCUGCGAAGGGGGAGAAGGCGGUGGCCCGAGCCCCCACGCGACACCGGACGCAGUGCGGAGGCAGAGGGAAUCUGAUGCCUCGGAAGUGAGUGGGGCCUUGCUUACGGUCACUAAAAAGAAGUCUACUCUUCCAAAUCCGUUUCAUUUGGGUAACUUGAAAAGGGACCUUUCAGAAAAAGAAUUGGAAAUGUAUAACACAAUGAAAUUGACAUCCGGUCCAGAGAACACACUUUUCCACUAUGUUGCCUUAGAAACAGUGCAAGGGAUCUUUAUUACUCCUACCCACGAAGAAGUGGCCCAGCUAGGUGGCUCUAUUCACCCUCAGCUAAUAAAGAAUUUCCAUCAGUGUUGUCUCUCCAUCCGUGCAGUUUUCCAACAGACCUUGAUUGAAGAGAAAAAGAAAGCACUGAAUGUUGCAGAUCAUUCAGAAUCUACGAAUUCAGGGUCUUCUCUAAACCCUGUGAAAGAACAUGGGGUGUUGUUUGAAUGUUCACCUGAAAACUGGACUGAUCAGAGAAAAGCACCCCCAGUAAUGGCUUACUGGGUAGUAGGGAGACUCUUUCUUCAUCCCAAAGUUCAAGAACUUUACGUCUGUUUCCAUGACUCAGUCACAGAAAUUGCCGUUGAAAUGGCUUUUAAGUUGUUCUUUGGGUUGACUUUGUAACACUGUACAUGGAGCACUGAGCAGUGUUAGGAUUGCUGAAAUCCAUACACAGAAGAUAAGAUUUAGCUUCUUUUUCACUGUUUAGUAUUGAACAUAGUAUUGCUAAAUAUUGAGAUCAUAUGCUAUUAGAUUUGAUACACUAGAUCUUAAUUAGUAUUGUGAGACUUUUUAAAAAAUACUUUAUCAAAAUAUGAAGAAGGAAUUGUUAACUUAUUUGCAUUUUGAUAAUAUAACAUUAAUUUAUUGACUAGUUUGAAGUAAUGUGAAGUGUUUUAUAUAAAAUUAAUAUAGGAAAUAUUUAUCUUG